GAUAUUAAGCGAAAGUAUGAUACAAUUGUUGAUUUAGGUUGCGGAUGUGGGCAUGUAGUGAAACAUAUAGAUCAAGAUAUAUCAAAAAAAUUGUUGAUGUGUGAUAUGUCAGAGAAAAUGCUAGAAAGAGAUAAAAAUGUAACAUACGAUGUUGAAGUUGAACGAAUUGUAGUAGAUGAGGAAUUACUUCCAUUCAAGGAGAAUUCUUUGGAGGCUGUAAUAAGUAAUCUUUCAUUACACUGGGUAAAUGAUUUGCCAGGUACAAUGAUUCAAAUUCAGAGGUCUUUGAAACCGGAUGGUCUAUUCCUUGCUUCAAUGUUUGGUGGUGAUACUUUAUUUGAACUCAGGUAUACAAAUAUGCAUAAUUAUUCCAAAUUAGAGCGUGAGCAAGGCGUUUCGCCGCGGGUUUCUCCGAUGACAGAUAUUCGUGAUGUUGGAAGUUUACUCUCUCGCGCAGGAUUUGCUUUAACGACAAUAGAUGUUGAUGAUGUUAUAGUAAACUAUCCUACAAUGUUUGAAUUAAUAAAAGAUUUAAAAGCGAUGGGUGAAAGCAAUGCUAUGAAUGUUGAAGAAUCACCAACAUCAGCUAUAAUAGACACAGAAGAAAUAGACGAUUCCUUCACCAAAAAAAAAUUACCCACAAACAACGUUGAACAUUCAUUAAUAUUUGAUUCUUUUUCUAUAAAUUCUAUAAAUUCUAUAAAUCUAUCAGAUUCAACAGAUUCAGUAUUCAAUUAUACAUUUUUCGAAGACCACAGUAGUGAAAUUUUUUUUCCUGCAUCUUUAGUAGUUCAAAGUAUAUUAACGUUGCUGGAAUUAAUUUCAAUAUUUAAUGCUUUAGUUCGUUGUAAAAGUGGAAUAAGAACAAUUGCACUAUGCGCUAUUGGAUUUUUGACAUAUUUUAUAUUAGCUGUCAUGAAUAUAUUAAUGAUACCUCCGGAUAGAUUUUGUUAUCUCAAAAACCAUAUGCCCAGUUGUAACUUAUUUUCUGCAAUUUUGGUACUUACGUGGGUCCCUGUGGCUUGUUAUUUGUUGAUAAUGGGACUCAUUACUAAUGAGUGGUGGGAAAGAAAAUGUGUUCCUCCGAGAAGAAAUUAA